UUCUUUCAAAAACCCUCUAAUUUAGUUAAACUCUUUAAACACUCUUAUAUUAUUAUUAAGAACUGCACGAUGAAAUCAGAAGUCGUGAGUGCCGUAUGUUUGAAGCUAGUAGAGUUCAGUGUGAUGGACAAUUCGGAGAAAUCGGCUCGAAACUAUGCUAAUGAUUUACUCUCAAAUAUGGAACUCUUUUGGCGCGGGAAACUGGUUGAUGGGCUUCUCGUCUAUCUGACAGUGCCAACGUUUUCUAAGGAGCCUCGCAAAUGUGUAAAGUCCCUGAGAGUCUUUCACGAACUAACUACCCACUGCAGCGAAUGGGAUCUCAACUACCUGGCCAUGAACACUAAUAUACUCCAUUUGCUGAAGGAGCUCCUGGAAACACCAAAUACAAGGGAGCUCAUUAUCCGCACUUCACUUUCCUUGAUCAGCAACUUGAUUCUGGCCGGUUGGCGUAUACGUGAUGCCAUUAUCGACAAGGGAAUACUCAAGGCCCUCCUAAAGCUUAUGAAUCCCCAUCGCAAGGAGCUGAACAAGUACAAGGCUCUUUUGGCUCAGAUCAUAUGGUUGCUAUACCAGUUGCUCAGGUACAAAGUUCCGGGUCCCAAGAAGAGUGCGAUCAUGGGAAUAGCCGUUACUUUGAGUAAACUCCUAGUUCCCAAUAGAGAUGUGGACAUACUGCUGCCCCUUUUGAGACUCGCCCGUUUGGUCUCCGAAUAUAACUCGGUUAUGCUUCCUGUGAUGAUCCAUUCGGGUCUCCUCAGUCGUGUGGCCCCCUUCGUCCUAAGUCCUCUGACAGAACUCAAGCGAGAGGCCAUCUUCGUGUUGGCCAACUCCUGCAUGCAGCCCUGCAAAAGGCGGAAACAUCUACUGUAUCGCUUUCCCAAGCGUAUCAUCCUCUAUAUCAACGACUUGUUCCUUUCGGGACCCGUGGAAAUCCGAGUCAUGAUCCUUCAGCUGCUGGGCGGUAUCAUCGAUAAUAGGUGUAUAAGAACGGGGAUGAUGCUGCGACUCAUUCCCAAGGUCAUUCAGUGUGCCAGUGGGCGGGAACAGGAGGCUGAGGUGCGAAGCGCAGCAGGAUGGACCCUGGCCAGUUUGGCCAUGCACUUGGAACCGAAAAACUUUCCCAUUUUCAUCCGAUUCAGUGGCUAUCAUGUGCUCUGCCAGAUGCUACAUACCCAACUACCGGUUCAACUUUUACGAAAUGUCCUGUGUGUUCUUCUGAAGCUCAUCGAAUGCUAUCCCGCUAUAAAGCCCUUUUUGAUAAGUGUUAUGUGGCAGUCGGAUGUUUGGCCAAUUCUAAAGAAGUUACUCGAUAGUGGGAACGCUGCAGUCCGCACUUUGGCCACUUUGCUGGAUCUUCAUGGCGAGAGGGAUGUGUGUUGGGUGGAUGUUUUAGGUAAUUAG